AUGGCACUAAACAGGAACCAAUUCUACAACCUUGGAUAUCAAGCUCUCCCACCUAUCAUAACUCAGGAUAAUCCAUUUCACUAUCACCCUCCACAGCCUGUUUCAGACUAUGCUUUUCCCAUAUUUGCCAUUGUUGUUCUCAGCAUCAUUGCUACCAUUUUGUUACUCCUCAGCUACAUCACUUUUCUAACCAAAUUCUGCUCAAACUGGAAUCAAGUUAAUCCAACAAGAUGGAUUUCAGUCCUUCGAGCUCGACAGAACGAUGAAGAUCACUUCAUCGCAUUGUCUCCUACACCGUGGAACCGAGGAUUAGACGAAUCGGUCAUCAGAGAAAUCCCAUCAUUUCAGUUUAUAAGAGGUGAAUGUGAAGAUCAAAGUGUGUAUGGUUGUGUGGUUUGUUUGACAGAGUUUCAAGAGCAUGAUGUGAUAAAAAUUCUACCAAAUUGUACCCAUGCUUUUCACUUGGAUUGCAUUGAUAUUUGGCUUCAAACAAAUUCUAAUUGUCCUCUUUGUAGAUCAAGCAUUUCAGGCAAUAAUACAACAAAUACACCAUUUGAUAUUAUCAUAGCUCCAAGCUCUUCUCCUCAGAAUUCUUCUCAGUUACUCUCUAACUCAUCAAGUGAUGAAGAUUUUGUUGUCAUUGAACUAGGUGGAGAAGAAAAUGAGGUUCAACAAGAAAAAAGUGACUCAAGAGGAAGCAUAGCACAUAGUAGAAACUAUCACUCUACAAGAGAAAUGAAACCAAAGUGUCCUUAUGUUUCCAUCAUGGGAGAUGAGUGUGUUGAUAUGAUCAGAAAGAAAGAUGACUUGUUUUCGAUUCAGCCGAUUCGAAGAUCUUUCUCAUUGGAUUCUGCAAAUGAUAGACAAAUGUUCAUGGAUGUCCAAGCCAUUAUACAACAAAAUGAGGCUAGUGCAAGUGAGGAUUGCAAUAGCAGAAGUAAAAGAGCAUUCUUUCCAUUUUGUUAUUAUGGAAAGGGAUCCAAAAAUGUAAUGCUUCCAUUUGGAGAAUGA